UCGGCGAGUCGGGGGGUGAAGCCAAGUCGACGGAAAAGAAAAGCCAACAAAAAGAAAAAAUGUGUGUGAAAUAGUGAAAAUCCGAAAUAAAUAGCAAUGCUAGCGAUCAAAAGAGACAAUGUGCCGAUCCAUUAGCCAGAGUUUCUGCCCCAAAUCGCUGUGAGAGCAGUGGAGCACCCGAUGCGUGUGCACCGCCCUGCAUACCUGCAUAUGAAAACCUGCUGCCGCGGCCGUAAUUACAGUUAGACACUAAAAUAGCUGCACGGUCAGGUUGGGAGUUGUGGUUGAUCGGGGAGUAGGGAGAAGGGGGAACCUAAGCGGGGAUUUGCCCACGCACGCUCGCCAAUUGCAAUGGAAAACGAAUCCGUCAAAUCGGAACACAGUGGACGCUCGAGACGCUCGCGGAAUCACAACAACAACGGCGGAGGGGGAGGAAGCGGAGCUGGUGGUGGUGGAGGCAGCGUAAACAACGGCUACCACAGGGAACGUGAUCGAUCCCGUCACUCGCACCGCAGCACGCACUCGUCCAAGUCCGGGAAGGGAUUCCAGCGCGGCGACAUGGCGCCGUACCAGACCAGCGUGAACAUGACAGAUGACAACCGCGAUGGCCAGGAGGUCAUUGAGGUGCAAAUUCUGCCGCAGGAUGAGAACUGGGGUGAGAACACCACCGCUGUUACCGGCAACACCUCCGAGCAGAGUAUAUCAAUGGAGGACAUCAACAAUAUGUGGCACCGUGAAAACGAUAAGGGCUUUGGCUUCGCUUGCCGCCGCUACGUAGAGUCUAGUUUCUACUUUUUGCUCGGUUGCGCCGCCUUCUUCUCACCGGUGGCCAUGGUAGUUAUGCCUCACGUGGGCUUCUUCCCAUCGGCCUUCGAUCACUCGGAACUGACGCAAACCGUGCGCACCCAACUGCUAGCCUGCAGCGAGCAAUGCAAAGGACAACUAGUGUCUCUAGCAGCCCGCUUGCUCCUACUGGCCAUCGGCCUGUGGGCAGUGUUCAUGCGACGCACCUCGGCCAGCAUGCCGCGGAUUUUUCUGUACCGUGCAUUAGUGCUCCUGCUGGUCACCAUAUGCACUUUUGCCUAUUGGCUAUUCUACAUCGUGCAGGUCACGAACGUUGCCAAGAUUGUUGUGGAGACUGGUGGCGAUCGCGUAGACUACAAAUCGCUGGUGGGCUAUGCUACAAACUUUGUGGACACGCUGCUCUUCAUUCACUAUGUUGCCGUGGUAUUGCUGGAGCUGCGUCAUCAGCAGCCUUCCUACUACGUAAAGAUCAUCCGCUCCCCGGAUGGAGUGUCGCGCUCGUACAUGCUAGGACAGCUGAGCAUUCAGCGGGCAGCUGUUUGGGUACUGCAGCACUACUACGUGGACUUUCCCAUCUUUAACCCGUACCUGGAGCGCAUACCUAUAUCCGUCUCCAAGUCGCAGCGCAACAAGAUAUCGAACAGCUUUAAAUACUACGAAGUUGACGGGGUAAGCAACUCGCAGCAGCAGAGCCAGAGCCGAGCCGUGCUGGCUGCCAACGCUCGUAGACGGGACUCUUCGCACAACGAGCGGUUCUAUGAGGAGCACGAGUAUGAGAGGCGCGUGAAGAAACGACGCGCUCGUCUCAUUACUGCCGCCGAGGAGGCCUUCACUCACAUUAAGCGCAUCCACAACGAACCAGCUCCGGCAUUGCCGCUCGAUCCACAGGAGGCUGCAUCGGCCGUAUUUCCCUCAAUGGCCAGGGCCCUGCAGAAGUACUUGAGAGUGACGCGUCAGCAACCACGGCACACAUUUGAGAGCAUCCUGAAGCACUUGGCCCACUGCCUGAAGCACGAUUUGUCUCCGCGUGCCUUCCUAGAACCAUAUCUAACCGAAUCGCCGGUGAUGCAGAGCGAAAAGGAGCGCCGCUGGGUGCAGUCAUGGUCACUGAUCUGUGACGAGAUCGUCUCGCGGCCCAUUAGCAACGAGUGCACGUUCCAGUUGAUCCAGAACGAUGUCUCCCUUAUGGUCACCGUCCAUAAGCUGCCGCACUUCAACCUGGCCGAAGAGGUGGUGGAUCCCAAAAGCAACAAGUUUGUGCUCAAGCUGAACUCGGAGACCUCUGUAUGACACCACCACCAGCAGAACCAGCACAAUGGUCCGCCGAUAAUAACGCCCACGCACAGCAACCAGACGCAGUCGUCCUACUUGCAUGUGUUUGUCUGAUGCCCCAGUGUUCUCUUCUUACCACAUUUUCAAUCCCUACCAUUAAUCAUUCUACCAUUAAUUUAUACUUUUUUGUUUUCAACAGAUUUCCAGCCUUAUUCGUGAUUUAUUUUUGAUUUUCAAGGUUCUUAUAAACGAAAAUCAACCACAUUUUACAAUCAAAAUCUAUUUUGUAAUUCGAAAAGUUGAGAAAACUAUAGUUUUAUAAAUCAAAAACAAUUUAAUAUAAGCUUGAAAUCGAAACAAAUAAGUGAAAAAAUCAUAAGAGGCCCCUUUCCGUGUUUCCGCGCGAAACUAAAGAUUAUCAGUACUUAUCAGCUAUAAACUUGAACUUAUUGCCAGUAUAUCAAUGCUCAAAAGCCCAGUGUAUUAUCCUAGGCCUCGACUCGAACACAUAUCACACGACCCUUUGAUAAGCAAACAUGACUUACAAGUUCCCAAAGUAUUAAUUAUAAGAAUGACGAUCACACAGAUAUCAAACUCUUCAAUGCAGCUCUUUUAUACAAGUUUUUAUUUUAGGAAAUAUAUAUAUUAUAUAUAGGGUAAAGGUUGAGCUUAAUCGUUUCGAAAAAUUCCAAAUUUUACAGCGAAUAUUCGUUACGCUUAAGCCCUAUCCGCGGUGAGAGAAAUAUAUAUUCCAGAAGGAAUUUUUAGAUAGGACUCGGACUUGCGCCAAAAGUGGGGGAGGCGUCUUCCACUUUUGGCGCGACUCGAUAGGAUUUUACAGACGCACAGCAGCAGAUUUUUGAACCCGAAACUAAUUCUCGUCUGCCAGAAAACUACAACUCGAAUGCAACUGAUGACAAAUACAUACUUUAAGCAAAGACUGCCUGAAUAAUAUGCAUUUUAUACACCACAGACACGAAUUGCCAACAGCCACUAGCAGGUGUAGAUGUACUCACCUGUGCAUAGCAACCAUAGUAUAUAAUAAUACAUAUAUAUACAGAAGCUCGUGUAUUUUUAGAAACAAAAUUCUAGAGAUAAGGACCUCCGAAUUCGUAUUCGAACUUAUAUGAUGUACGUUCCAGUGAACAAUCCCUACCUAUAGCUAUUUACAAAACUACUUACUUAGCGAACUUUUGCUUGAGGUUUGAGUUUAUUUUCUUUUCUAGCAAAAUGCUUUACGUCAAGGCACACAAUCUUUUUAUACCUAAUACAAAAUACAAUCCUGUAGCAAUUACUUGAAGCAAUUGGAGAGAACUCAUCAUAUUUAUUGUAUUAACUUUCAAACUGUAACUGUUGUAAUUGUAAUUAAUGCUUAUGCCGUAAAUAAAUUGAGCCGACUUUUUUAACAGCUUUAUA